AGCACUCCUUCCACCACCACCACUACACUCUCCAUACCCUACGCCAAUUACGCCUUUUACCCUCAUAUCCUUUCUGUAUACACAAAUCCGUACCUAGUUACUCAUCAUGGUCAAGGAGAGGAAAUUCUACGAUCUGCUCGAUGUGCCCGUUGAUGCCUCCGAGUCGGAUUUGAAGAAGGCAUAUCGGAAAAAAGCUCUACGACUGCAUCCAGACAAGGGUGGAGAUCCCGAGCUGUUCAAGGAGGUCACCCAUGCAUACGAAGUCCUGUCCGAUCCACAAAAGAGGGAGAUCUAUGACGCACGAGGAGAGGCUGGACUUUCAGAGUCGGGUGGCAUGGGCGGCAUGGACCCACAGGAUCUUUUCAGUCAACUCUUCGGUGGUGGCGGCUUUUUCGGUGGCGGUGGCGGCGGAGGUCGGUCAAACGCCCAACGAAGGAGCAAAGACCUCGUCCACCGCGUCCACGUUUCCCUCGAAGACCUCUACAAAGGCAAGACUACUAAACUCGCGCUCACCCGUAACGUCAUCUGCACGAAGUGCGACGGCAAGGGUGGAAAGGAGGGUGCGAUCCGGUCAUGUCAUGUCUGCCAUGGUCGCGGUGUCAAGGUUACGCUUCGCCAGAUGGGCCCGAUGAUUCAGCAGCUCCAGUCGCCUUGCGACGAAUGCGCGGGUACGGGAGAGAUCAUCAACCAUAAAGACAAGUGCAAGGCUUGUAAUGCGCGCAAGGUCAUCUCGGAGAAGAAGAUGCUGGAGGUGCAUAUCGACAAGGGUAUGAAGGGAGGGCAGACGAUUCAGUUCACGGGAGAGAGCGAUCAGGCGCCGGGUAUUCCGCCUGGGGACGUGAUUAUCGUGAUCGAGGAGAAGCCGCACGAGAGGUUCAAGAGGAACGAGAACGACCUCGUUACGGAGGUUGAGAUCGACUUGCUUACCGCUCUCGGUGGAGGCCAGUUUGCGAUCAAGCAUCUAGACGACCGUGUUUUACUCGUGAGUAUUGCGCCUGGGGAGGUCAUCAAGCAUGACGAUUUCAAGGUGAUAUACGGUCAGGGUAUGCCUUCGCAGCGGCACCAUGAUUUCGGCGAUCUCUAUGUCAGGUUCACUAUCGCAUGGCCCGAGCACAUACCCGUCGAGAAUAUCCCUCUUCUCGAAAGUGCCCUUCCUCCCCGCCGACCGAUCGAGAAAUUCCCGAGUAACAUCAUCAUUGACGAGGUCAGCCUCGACAACGUUGACCCACGGCAACGCGAUCGGGCGCAGCGGGACGAACAGAUGGAGGAGGACGAGGGAGAGCCGCGCGUACAGUGCGCUAACCAGUAGUUGUGGACGCAUGUUUCUGGAUAUGAUGCGGAUCCUUGCCGGUAACGUUGGAGGGGCGGUGCGGCAUCUCUAUGUACGAAUUGUUGUGGGACCCUUUCACUCAGACUGCGAGCUUUCUUUUCUUUCAUCUGUUGUGUUCGUUUGUCGUUUCUGCAAUUAUUGUAUUCGUGUUGAUCGUCGGAUGCUUCGCAGCAUUAUCACCAUUGACACUACUGCAUUUAUUAAAUAAUGCAUCCAUGAUAGAUUUCAUUGCACAUUUGUCUGUGUGUACAUCUUAGCUGGUGGCUGCUCUGGAUUCUGAUACAAUUGGAGGUAUGACUGCCCAAAAACCCUAAUGAAAAAAAGAAAAGGCUGAAAUAAAAAAUCCGCUGCACCGAGAACUAGCAUUCUAGUCCCAGCGUGUCUCUGGGUUCAGCUUAAACUGCUCGUAUAGGGCACGGUUGAAGAGGCUGACUUCGGUCUCAUUUUCGAGGCCACAGUCUGCUAGGGUCUUGCUAUCGUCGUCGAGGAUCCACUCGUCGUGAUCGAGGUUAAUGAUGAGGUUGGUCGUCUUUGCACCGUGGGCUUUUGUGUACAGUUUCAUGGUAUCAAAAGUGGUGGUACGGUACGGCUUCCAUCCUGGCUGCGUUCGGAUAGCCGCUCGAGCAAGCUCCUUGAGCUCUCCUACAGUCGUUGUCUCCAGGUUGAUAUUGUGAAGGACAAGACUUCGCUCGGUGCGGUAUUCGAAGGAUUUGAUUAUGCGCAAGGUG